AUGGCCGACUAUGAUGUGACGCAGUACCGCGAUUCUGUGCGUGGAUGGAACGAGGAUCCCAAAAAGUACUUGAAUCGUUACUACACGAUCCACUAUUACGUUGAAACCAAACAGACCCAAGAAAACAAGCCCAAAGUAGGCAAUAUCUACGUCCGUCAGUCGCCCAACAAGAUUUGCGUUUUGGGAUUUGCCCCUGAUCAUCCCAUCUACAAGUACGACCCACUUACUAGCCGCAUCACAGUUCGUCCAUGCACCGAUGUCUUGGGCAAAAAAGUCAAACCGUCGACGGUAGUGUGUGAAGUGGACAUUGACGGGCAUAUAUACCAAUUGCAGGCUCGUAUGGGCGGAGUGCUCAAAGAUCUGAAUCCGCGUCUCGUCAAGGAACCUCAGUUGUUAUGGGAACAUGGAAUGGACGAAGGCUAUGUGGCCAUCAUUCUUCCCCAAUUUGAAGCAACCGAAAAGCAGUUGGCUCAAUUUAUCACCAGCGAGGCAUAUGACUCGCACCGAGCGCAAUCUCAAUCAUGA